AUGGGGCGUGGCCUGAACGCGGGCGAUAGAGGCUUGGAGCGAACCGCCGGCGGCGGCAUAGGUGUCUAUGCUAACAAACGGAGCACCUCAUCGCGUCAUCUACAACCCAUGCUGACGUCUAUACUGGCUGCUUUGGCAGCUGCUCUCAGCUCGGUGAGCAUGGCCGCUCCGGCUACGGAGAGGUCAUUCGUCGAAUUACCGGAUCGGAUGAGUAACGGUACUUUGUAUUCAAUCAGCCCUUUCUCGCCUAAAGUCUUCGUCCGAACCGAUGAAUUCGAGCUGAAUUAUAAGUCAUGUGUUGAGUUCUCCUAUCGACUCAUGGAGAACAAAGUUCGCCUUCGUGCCUACACAUGCCUUCUAUCUGAGGGCGGUUUUUGUACUCUCGACAAAUUUGCCUAUCCAAAAGAUAAGGAAGGAUGUGCCUAUCUACGUCCAUGGCUGUAUGCACAUGACAGGUAUUCGUUCUACUUCGCCCUAGAACGUCGUCCACGAAAAUACCGGAUUACUAGGAAGAAACCGCAACGAGUGUGGAAACGAAAUGGUCAACUGUCCGCUACCCCAUUUGGGCAACUUGAACUCAAAGGAAUUGUUCCAUGUGAUCAAGUGUGCGGGAAGAACCCACCUGUCAACAAUCGUACAACCUAG